AAAAAAAAAAACAAAAAAAGAAAUCAUUUAAAAAAUCUUUUCGACGUAAAAGCUGUGAAAAAGUUUUCAGUAUUCAACAUAUAUUUUUUGAUAAACAUACAAUAUUUACAAAAAAAUAAUUACUAAAAAUAAUUCAAUGAAAUGCGCAAGCCGAAACAGUUCUGCAAAUGCAACCGUCGUGCAUGUGGCAAACAUUUUGUGUUGUUCUACUGUGUAAUUGGCGCAGGCGCUCUGUUGCUGCUUUAUUACUGGUAUCAGCUGUCGCAAAGAGACCAGUUAGGCCUCUACGAGCCGCGCCUGCUACUUUGGUGGACACAAUACGAUGAAACACUUUAUUAUCGCAACAUCUAUUGCGGUUACCAUGUGUGCACGAUAACCAAUGAUCGGCAGCGACUUGCCGAGGCAAAGGUCAUACUCUUCUAUGGCAGUCACGUUAGAGACUACGAUAUGCCUUUGCCACGUCACGCCUACCAAUUGUGGGCACUACUGCAGGAUGAAACGCCACAAAAUGCGUCAAUAUUAUUUUAUGAAGAAUUUUUGCAUCAUUUCAAUUAUACUUCCACAUUUAGUCGUUACAGUGAUUUUCCGCUCACCUUGCGUUCGCUGCGCAAUGCAAAAGAUUUGAUAUCGUGGACAUAUGUGAGAAGGUUGCGCUCACGCAUCGAUAUACCGAUACUCUUUAUGCAAGAUAAUUGUGAGACGCUGUCGGGUGGUGAGCAUUAUGUGCGUGAAUUGAUGAAGUUAGUGCCGGUGUAUUCGUGUGGUGCGUGUUUGCGUAAUAUAGAUGCGCCGAGAUAUGAAACGUAUAAGGCAACAUUGAAGAAAAUACCCGCCACACGCCUUUCCCGCCUCACUGAGGCGCUGGCAAACUAUGAUCCGGUGCUGAAUGAAUAUUUCUUUGAUCGCCAUCCGGGUGUAUUCACGCAAAUACUCAACUACUACAGAACCGGUAAACUACACUAUCCCACAGAUGUCUGUGGACCACUAUUCGAAGAGGAACUAGAGUUUUGGGGACUUGAUUCGAACCAAGUAGAACCAUGCUGUUGGUCGACCUACAGCAUACACCGUGACACACAGAAUACUUUAGCCAUUUUAGAUAAAUUAGAUAUUGAAAAUGAAAAACCCUCUGAAGAACAAAUUGCACGUCUAUUCGGUUUCGAAGAAGCACUCAUCAAUGGACGACUCAGCUGUUGGCAACGCAUUAAACCGAAAGUGUGGGCGCUAUUUGAUGAGCCCUCCAGUUCGACGGGUGCUAAAAUCGUAGCUAGUAUGUCGGUUUUCUUUAUAUUCGUUUCUGUGAUAUCGUUCUGCCUGAAAACACAUCCGGGUUUUCGUGUGGACUUCCCCGCCACUCACACCAUACAUGGACCUAGUCCGUCGGCUGUACCGCACACGCCAGCCGUGCACAUACCGAGUAUACCUCAUCAGCAUAACAUGCCACCGGUGCCGCCGAGCGCACACAUAGCCACCACAGUGACGGCGGCACCGGGUACACGCAGCGGCGCUGUGGGCAAUAUGGCACCGCCGACGCACGGGAACGGUUUCAUGAACGUUUCCAGUGCCAGCGGCAUCAACUAUACGCUAGCGCAUACCUUCAAGGUAACAAAUUAUUCGGCAUCGGGCAGUGCCAACAGCAGUCAACCGAUAGCCACAUUCACGCUGAAAGGUGGCGGCGUUGGCACCACGAAUCGCAAUCGCCUGAAACGUUCCAUACGCAAUGUGAAGGAUUUGAUACAACAGAAGUUGCUCGGCGGUGUCGAUCAUCAUGGACAUGGCUGGCAUGAGUCGUACGGACAGCCGCACGAGGCUUUCUUCUACGUGGAGCUGGUGUGCAAUGUGUGGUUCUUCAUCGAGGUGCUCAUCCGGCUAAUUGUUUCACCAAAUAUUUGGCAAUUCAUCAAGUCACCUGUCAAUAUAAUUGACUUCACAGCCACACUCAGCUUCUACACAGAUGUCAUGCAACGUAUGGGCGAGUACACUGGUCUCUUGGAGGCUUUCUCGAUAGUACGCAUUAUGCGUCUCUUCAAGUUGACGCGUCAUUCACCCGGGCUGCGCAUACUCAUACACACAUUCAAAGCGUCGGCGAAAGAGCUAACGCUGCUGGUCUUCUUCCUAGUGCUCGGUAUUGUGUUCUUCGCCAGUUUGGCUUACUACGCGGAGAAGUUGCAGGACAACCCUGAAAACCAGUUCAAAAGCAUUCCGCUCGGUCUCUGGUGGGCUAUAGUCACCAUGACCACUGUCGGUUAUGGCGAUGUGGCGCCGAAAACUUAUCCGGGCAUGUUUGUUGGCGCACUAUGUGCUCUUGCUGGCGUAUUGACGAUAGCACUGCCGGUACCCGUCAUCGUUAGCAAUUUUUCCAUGUUUUACUCACACACACAGGCACGUUCGAAACUGCCAAAGAAACGUCGGCGUGUGCUACCCGUCGAGCAGCCGCGUCGCAAACGUGAACAGGGACCACCGACACGUGGCCGUGCGAACGCCAUUAAACAGACAACUUCACUGCCACAUGGCCAUCAUGGCGGACACGGUGGGCAUUUGUUGAGCGCCGCCGGCCUGCAUCAUGGCGCAGCGACGGUAACGCCGGCCGCAACAACAACGACGAUGUUCAAGGAUCCUUUCGGCGGUGCCAAAAUCGCGGAUUACUUGAGCGUGCCGCCGGUGCAGAGUUUGCAGCCGCGUGCGGCCACAACAGGACAUGACUUUAUGCUGCCACUGCAACCUAAGCUGUUAGCGCCAUUAGAAUGUAAAGAUCAUCACGCGUUGCAGUUGGCGCCGCAACAUUUGCCCGGCGCCGAUGGCACUCAUAACGGUGUACAAUUGCACCAUACGCAAGCGCCCUACCACAUCACGGGCGCCCAUCACUGUCUCAGCAGCGGCGUUGGUGCUGGUGUUGGCAGCACGGACAGCAUCAGCGGCAGUCAUUCGGGUAGCCGCGCCGCGUUAAAUGUACCGCCCACAAUUAGUGUGGCGUCCGCGCAAAUGCCACCCGGCGUACGCACACCCAAUCUCAGUGCACGCGCUGCACAAAUAUUGGCCGCGCAGCAGUUGCGUGAGGCGGCAGCGGCCGCUGGCAGUCACGGCAAUGUGCAUCACUCGAGUGGUUGUAAUAUAACGAUUGCGGUCAAUGAAGGCGGUGUCGUCGGCGGCAGUGCGUUGCUGGAGAAUGAGAGCUCUGCUGCGUAUAUGGAGCAUCAGCAACAACAACAUCAUCAACAACAACACCACCAGCAAACACAAUGUUCGCCGCAAUGCACGCAAAGUCCGCAAAAGCAACAGCAACAUCACUACCAACAACAACAACAACAGCAGUUGCAACAACAUCAACAGUAUACGCAACAUCAUCACCCACCGCCGAAGGUGACGCUGCUGGACGAUGGUUGCAGCAGCGAUUACGCCAAUGCGACGGAUGAGGGCGAAGACGACUAUGAAAGUCGUAAUGGCAGUGUUAAUGAGUAUACAAAUGGUGAUGAUGGCGAUGCCGUUGGUGGUGGUGGUGGUGUUGGUGCUGGUGGUGGUAGAGGUGGCAGUGGUGGACGUCUCUACGGCACCGAUUUGCGCUGAUUGCGGGAUAUCGGUUGGAAAUUUCCAUUUUAAAUGGACCCAGUCGCCAUGUGCGCAGCAGAGUGUACACAGCGAGAUAAAUGUGUGUGCGUAUGUAUGUAGCAGAUAGCCAGUAUAACUGUAUGUUUCGUGUUAAAUGUGAAUUGUGCGGUCAACGCUUGGUAGCGCGGAUGCAAGAUAGACAGAUAAUGAGUUUCAACGAGCAGCCAUUAAGCGCAAAUUUAUAAGGCUUCUAGUAAUCCAUAAUGAGGUGUUGCCGCACACACAGCUACAAAAACAAAACAGCGAAAAGUAGAGCCUUCAAGCCACUAAAGUAACAGCAACAACAGCCAGCAGUAGUAGCAGCGGCAACAUGACCGCGAAGACUAACGCCACUUUUGCCGCCAUCGCCCAGCCACUCGACAAUUAAAUUAAUCGCACGCCCAUUUAAUUUUGUCAUUGCCACUAAUUGUGAUGAUUGUGGCAGCCGCAGCCACUGUGGCAAGCCAACAAUCGGCAAGCGCACCCGCAGCUACACAGUGUCGAACCGCCAACGCCGUGUGCCGUAACCACCGUGCAAAAUG